CGUCGAGCACCCCGGUGUCAGCUGCGAGGGGAAUGCCCUUACUAUUUCUGUCUCUGUCCUUCAGAUUCCCUGUCUGUGCAGCGGUGCCUCGUGUUUACUGUGCCGAUGUUGUCCCAACAGCAAGAAUUCAACAGUGACGCGUCUUAUCUAUGCCUUCCUCCUCCUCCUCAGUACUGUUCUUGCCUGCAUUAUGCUGGCACCAGGGAUGGAAGAGCAGCUGAAAAAGAUACCUGGAUUUUGUGAGGAGGGGCUUCAUACCCGGAUACCUCAUAUGGAUGGCUUUGUCAGCUGUGAUGUGUUUGUUGGAUACAGAGCUGUCUAUCGAAUCAGCUUUGCCAUGGCAAUGUUCUUCUUUCUCUUCUCUCUGCUCAUGAUAGCAGUAAAAACAAGUAAUGAUCCAAGAGCCUCGAUACACAACGGGUUCUGGUUCUUCAAAAUAGCUGCCAUUGUGGCUAUCAUGGUUGGAGCAUUUUACAUUCCUGAAGGGCCUUUCACAAGAGCUUGGUUCGUUAUUGGCAUUUGUGGAGCCUUCUGCUUCAUUCUAAUCCAGUUGGUGCUUCUAGUGGACUUUGCUCACUCCUGGAAUGAGAGCUGGGUUGACAGAAUGGAGGAGGGAAAUUCUAAAUGUUGGUAUGCAGCUCUGCUGUCCUGUACAAGCCUGUUCUAUGCCUUGUCGCUGGUUUUUGUUGUGCUCUUCUCUGUUUUCUACACGAAGCCUGAUGAAUGCACCGAGAACAAGUUCUUCAUAGGCAUUAAUACGAUCCUGUGCAUUGCUGUCUCCGUUGUUUCUGUCCUUCCAAAAGUUCAGGAACAUCAGCCUCACUCUGGCCUCCUCCAGUCCUCUGUUAUCACGCUCUACACCAUGUAUCUCACUUGGUCAGCCAUGUCCAAUGAGCCUGAACGAAGCUGUAACCCAAGUUUGCUGAACAUCAUUACCCAGAUAGCGACGCCCACAGUUGUUCCGGCAAACACCACUGUUGUACCUGCUACUCCAGCUCCGCCCAAGUCCCUGCAGUGGUGGGACGCCCAGAGCGUUGUUGGAUUAGUUAUCUUUGUCCUUUGCCUCUUAUAUUCCAGCAUUCGCUCUUCAAGUAACAGCCAGGUGAACAAGCUGACCCUGUCUGGCAGUGACACUGCCAUGCUGGAGGAGACUCUGGGAGCAGGCAGCGGGGCUGCAGAGGAAGGAGAAGUGCGCCGUGUCGUGGAUAAUGAGAAGGACGGCGUUCAGUACAGCUACACCUUCUUUCACUUCAUGCUCUUUCUUGCCUCUCUUUACAUCAUGAUGACACUCACCAACUGGUACAGCCCUGAUGCGGAUUUUAAGACAAUGACAAGCAAGUGGCCAGCCGUGUGGGUGAAGAUAACCUCCAGCUGGGUUUGUCUCCUCCUCUAUCUCUGGACCCUCGUGGCUCCUCUUGUCCUUACUAAUCGGGCCUUCAGUUAACUUGCUGCCCCUGAGCUUACAGAAGUGGGGAACUUUUUGCUGAAAGCCAAAACGCUCAUGUAUUGCUUUAGUUACACUAUGUUACUGGGUUUUAUAUCGAUAUUAA